AUGACCUCGAGAAACGCCAAGCCAGCUGGCGGCCAAAGUUUGCUGCUCAGCCAAGCUGAUCAGCAAGCCGCGAUAGUCCUCGCACAGGAUGCCACCAGGAUUCUAGGUGACGAAGCCCAGGAAGCCUCAAAGGAGCCUGGGAUCAAGGCAUUUUGCAGUUCGCUGGCUGCUGCGUUGAGAAAUGCACACCAAUACCUGAAAGACCUCGAGAGCAGGCCCUUCGGUCAUUCUGACUCACGGAAGGUGUUAAACCUUCUACAAAAUCUGGACAGAUUAUGCCAGUGGCCUUCUUCCUCUCGUACAUCCGAGCAGUACGCCCAGUUAACCAACAUGAUGAAGAGGAAAGUCAUUGUGAGGAAAGCAAUUAAGGGAUUCGCCAGGGACAUAAACGCAAAGCAGCAUCGAAUGAAGUUGCUCCAGUUACUCGAAACGAUUGCUACGCUCAAGAAGCCAGACCGUGGCCCAGAGCUAUCUGACAUCAACGUUACAAAUGAGGUCCAAAAGAACCAGCACGAUUAUCAGGUCUACAUACGUGGUCUCUACUCUUCUCUUGUCUCGACCUGUAUGUGCCGACAGGGCUCAGAUAACAUGGCGAUCACGACAAACCUGCGCCUAAGAGAUUGUUAUUCACCAAACAAUGAUGGAGGAGACAGCAUCGCCUUCAGGUUAUUCUUUCUGGACCACCCACACAUACAAGACGAUGAGAGGUGCUCACAAUGGCAGGAUACGUGUAUACGGGUCUCAAAAAGGCGGUAUGACUCUAUUCCGGUUCUCACCUUCUUGAAGACGUGCACCCAUUUGACUCAUUGGAUUGAUAGGGAAGUGAGAUUCAAGCCCCCGAGCCUUCCUCCCGAGCGUCCGUCGUUGCAGAGUCCAAUAUCGGUAGACGAGUUUUGCCGGCUUAUAACAAACCGACAACAAGCACAGCUUAAUCUAGCGGUCUCAAGAGAUGGACUGGUGCGAGAUGGUCCUGGGCAACUUUCGCAAGGCUUCCAUCUAGAUGCAUCCAGCGUCUCUUUAUCCCAGCUCCUUCGAGAGGCAGAAUUGUCGCGGAAAAUGAAGCUACUUGUAUCUUACUUCCUAGCUAAGGCGGUGUGGCAAUUCUAUGAUUCCAGAUGGAUGCAAAAAGAGUGGACGAAGUACGACUUACACUUCAUGUUCGAGAAACGGUCUCCCGUGCCAAGAGCGAUCUUUGUCAACGAGCCGUUUCUUUCGUCGAGCUUUGGAGGCCCAGGCCGACUAUGCUGCACCGAAGAUGACGAUUUCAGAUCCCAUCCAUUCCCAAAAAUCCUAGCUCUAGGUAUCAUGUUUCUGGAAAUCGAGCUGGGUAUCAGGAUCGAAGAUUACAGGUUGCCGGUGUGCAUCGACUUGGAUGGCAACCCGAAUGUCAACGCUGACCACAUUGCCGCCAUGGAAGUUUUCAAUAAGCCUGAUCUCUGGGACAAGGCGGAGACAUUCGGGGCGUUCAGAACGGUGAUAGAGGUCUGCCUCACGCCGGAACCUUUCAUACCCUUUGCAGGCAACUCGGACGACGUGCGACAUAUUUUGGAAGAGCGUGUCGUCCAUCCACUCCAGAAGCUAUAUCUCAUCGCCUGGGACGACCCCGAGACUUCAACAAUCCGACACAUUGAACUAGAUAAGUCGGCUCGUACGGACCAGAUUUCAAUGCGUCAGCCAUCUGCAGCAGCACUUCAUCCACAAUCUCUCGCUUCUGCUACUAGAAACGGCAACAAACGAGACACUACGCCCCAGCCCCAUGGUCAACUGGUAGCCCAAUGGCCACAGGCUACUACUUUCGGCCCUGAAGAAUUACGGUUAAUUGUUCCUCGAUUGCAGGCCCCAAAAUCAUCCGGCAAUUAUAGACACACCUCUUCAUCAAGCCCACAUUCGAUCAGCCAAGAUUUCCCCCAUGACGGUACUAUGUCAACAAAGCAAGCAGCCUCAUCGGAAAUUUGGUUCGACGAGCUCGACAGGUUGACCUCACUUCUCCGUGGAAAAUCUGGUGAAAAGGACGAAAGUUCUGCAGCCGCCAAGAUUGCCAUACUAGACACCGGAGUCAGCGAAGAUGCCGAGUCACCGGCUUUGAAAAACUAUAAAGACUUUACGAAAAUCGACGACGCAGACGACACUUGGCAAGACAGUACUGGUCAUGGGACAGAAGCAAUGCGGCUCAUCUUGAAGGUCUACAGCAUGGCUGAGAUCUAUGUCGGAAGGGUUUUUAGAAGCCGUCAGGCGGAUACAGACACAGCAAGCCUAAUGGCGAAGGCUAUUUACCAUGCAACAAACGAGUGGAAGGUAGAUAUUAUUAUCGUGCCGUCGGGAUUCAAAUCACACCAGCAGCGCAUAGCAGAGGCUAUCGACCAUGCGAUUCAUGCCCGCGUCCUCCUUUUCUGCGCUGCCUCCAACUACGGGAACUUGACUGAGAUUGCUUUCCCAGGACGUCUUUACACGCACGGGAAGACCUUGUGUAUGUUCUCGACCGACGCUAACGUACGCUGCUCCCCAAGGUUCAACCCAUCGCCUUUGUCUUCUGCUCGCUACAGCUUUGCCGUACUUGGCGAGAAUAUUGCGCUCGCACCAUACAACAUGCACCCAGACAAAACAUUGUCGGGCACAUCAUAUGCGACUAUGAUUGGUGGAGCUUUGGCGGGACGUAUUCUGGACUUCUCGAGGCACAAGGAUACUCGCGACAAAAUACGACACGCAGAAUACCUGAAGACAGUAGAAGGUAUAUCCGCCAUCUUUGCAAAAAUGGCGAAAGGUGGUAUUGAUAACGGCUUUCACUGUAUUGCACCUUGGAAAAUUCUACCGCCUGAAAAAGAUGAUGACGACGAAACGGAUACUGGUCUCAAGAGGAAGGAUGAGAGGAAAUACGUCUGUGAGACUAUUUCGAGGGCGUUGGAGGAUAUUCAUAGCACUUAA